AUGGAAUUGUCGAUGUUGGAUCGCACAACGGCCAUCUACGAUCUUGGAGUCACGAUAGACUCAAAACUGAGAUUCAAUGACCACGUCGGCAUGAUGACUGCCAAAGCUUUUUCAGUACUGGGUUUCAUACGCCGCCACGCGUACGAGUUCAGCGAUAUCCAUGUUCUGAAAAUCAUGUACUGUUCGUUGAUCCAAGAUGAUUUUGUCGCUGCUAAUGGUGUGCAAGAUGGAAUUAGAUCACAGGACGAGACUGAUUCGACCAAUUUGAUAUCCUAUGAAUGUACUGAUACUGAAAGCCCUCAGCUGAAUAUAUCCUGCGAAGACGAUCAAACGAGAACGGAACCAAGUGGAGUUGCUAGGUCAGCCUACGAGUCACUGCAAGCUGAAACAGUCACUACCACCUACGAUGAGCCACUGCAGGUCACAGUGGUUGUCGUAAACUAUGAUCAACCACUUCAGGUUAAUGCAGCUACUGUUAAUUACAGUGAACCUCUGCAGUCUGAAUUAGCCACCAUCGACUGCUCUCUUAUCCAGUCAAUGAAUCCCGCGGAAGGAGAAAUAUCCAUUAUCCCAGAGGUUGUUGGAUGCGAUACAACAGGUCAUUUAUCUCUCGAAGGAGUGUUUGAACUGGACCCCAAUCUUUAUUUUCAAGUUGGUGAAAAUGGAGAAGUCAUUGAGAUGAUCGUAGGUGAUCAACCAACGCUGCCAACCAAACCAGAAACGACCAACAAUUCCCAGUCAAACGAAGUAGUUAGCAUUGCCAAAGAUCCAGCUUCAGCAGUACCGAAGGUCAGAUUGAACAAAUCGAAGAAUCCUGGUAAACGAGCUCCAAAACGGAAGGUCUGUGCAGAAGAGCUAACGUCGAUUAAAUAUCGGAAGCAUUUGAAAACAGCAAGCGCUACACAGACCAUCAAGAACAUUAAAAAGAGAAGUCGUAAGAAACCAACAGCUGAUGUUGUGAGUGAUAUUUUGUGCUUCUCUUGUGGAGAUUUGUUCAGAUCAACCGGAAAUGGAAAUGGAUGGGAGAAGUGUCUUCGUUGUGAUAUUUGGUUCCAUGAGACUUGCACUGGAUCAAACAUCGUAACUUGCAGCACCUGUGUUUAA